AUGCCGUUGCCACGCUCCUUUCUACUGCCCGCUGCUGUGCUGCUGGGCGCUGCCCAGUUUGCUCUGGGACAGACAACCACGAAGUGCAAUCCCUUGAACAGCACCUGCGAAGCAGACCCUGCUUUCGGGACAGACUUUAAUUUCGUGUUCAAUGCCACUCCGGCCGAGGCAGCCUGGGAGAACCAUGUCGGCAAGGUCACGUACGGUGAUGAAGGUGCCGAGUUUACCAUCAACAAGCAGGGCGACUCGCCCACCAUCCGCUCAAAGUUCUACAUCUUCUUUGGCCGCGUCGAGGUGUGGUGGAAGGUGGCGCCGGGCCAGGGUGUCAUCUCGUCCUUGAUGCUGUUGUCCGACGACCUGGACGAGAUUGACUGGGAGUUCCUGGGCGGCGACGGCAAGCACGUCGAGACCAACUACUUCGGCAAGGGCGUGGGCAACUACACAUGGAUGCGCGAAUACGAGAUCCAGGGCGGCACGACCGAAGACUACCACAACUACACCAUCGACUGGACAAAAGAAGCCCUCGACUGGCAUAUCGACGGCGAACACGUCCGCCACCUGACUAUCGAGGAUGCCAACAACACCUGGAGCUUCCCUCAGUCCCCCAUGAGAGUGUCCCUCGGGAUCUGGGCCGGUGGUGACCCUACAAUGCCCCAGGGCACGAUCGAGUGGGCUGGUGGUGAGACGGACUACAGCAAGAGUCCUUACACCAUGUAUGUCAAGAGCUGCCGCGUUACCGACUAUGGCCGCGGUACUGCAUACAAGUACACCGACAUGUCAGGAACCUGGGAAAGCAUCGAGGAGGUCGAGUCCGAGAAGAACUCAACCGCCGCGGAAGCCGUCCAUGCUGAACCCGAGAAGAGCGUCUCGGAGAAAUUCAACGAGCUCCCCACUGGUGCCAAGAGCGCCGUCUUUGCCUGCAGUGCCGCUGCCGCCGUUGGCCUGGUAGUUGCUGGAGCCUUCUACUGUUUCCGCCAGCGCAAGAGAGGCCAGCAGGAGGCACAGAUGGCCGUCGCAAGGGCCGAGGAGGAGCGCGUGGAGCUGGAGCGGUACAAGGCCGCCGGUGUCAACCCCGACGGCUUCACCGACGUGGCUCCGACCCCGAGCGAGAAAUUUGGUGCAGCCGCUGCAUCCAGGCCGCUGCUGAACAACGGUGGCUCGGGCUCUCCCCCCGGCACGCCACACGACGGUCAGGACCCUUACAGAGAUGGCUUCUCGCCCCUGGGCUCGGGCAACGGCGGCUACUCCUCGAACCCCAGCGGAUAUCGGUAG